AUGCACGGCCAAGUUAAAGUUCGAAGAUCACCUGAACAGGAUGCAAGCUUUCAGCAAUCGCAAAGGGAGUUAAAGAUGCGCUUUUCGGUGUUAGCUGACGAAGUCUUUGCGGGGCGGCGGGCGUGUAAUUAUGACCUAGCAAUUUUGGGAAAACUCUCUGAAUUAUUAGAACAAUGUCCUGACAUGUUUACUCUUUGGAAUUAUCGACGUGAAAUUCUGCUUAGCUCUAAUUCAGAAACGGUUGAUAGUAGGACUUCAAUGUUCGACAAAGAACUAACUUUAACUGCACGAUGUCUUCAAAAGAAUCCAAAGUCCUAUGCCACUUGGCACCAUCGGAGUUGGGUAAUGUCUAAUCACUCAAGUCCUGAUUGGAAAGCUGAAAACAUUCUCUGCAAUAAGUUCCUAAAAAUCGACAGUAGAAAUUUUCACUGUUGGGACUAUCGCAGAUUCGUUGUGAAGAACGCUCGUAUUUCGAAUGCUGAAGAACUUAAAUUUACUGACUUGGCUCUCGAAGAAAAUUUCAGCAAUUACUCUGCCUGGCAUUAUCGGAGUGAGCUUAUUGGUGCAGAAGAUGAAAUUUCUACGGUUGCCACUCCAAUUUCUCCUCCACCUACCUUUAAAACCUUUCAGAAGAAUGAGUCUCCCGAAAUUCCUUUCGAUGAAUUCGAUUUGGUUCACAAUGCCGUCUUUACCGAUCCACAAGACCAAGGACCUUGGUUCUAUUAUUGGUGGCUUCUUGGCCGUGGAGUCAAAAACUGUUAUCUUCGUGAACUUUAUCUUUCAAGAAGUCUUCAUCGUGCUGUUCUUGUUUUUACCUCUCCUAAACUCCUGAGUGCUAUCAGUCAACUUCAUGUGGAUAUUGUUGUUUCUAAUCCAGAUUCGAAUACUCGCUCUUCAUAUGUCCCCAAUGAUCUGGACGGCUGGAAGAGUGCUUUGGACGACAAUAUUUCCGCAGUUUGGUGGUUUGAACUUCCCAAGUCUCUGAUUGAUGGUUGUGCUGUUUCUGUUACUGUUCAUUCUGAUGAUAAAGAUAAUCAUUCCUCCACAACUGAGGGCUCAAAAACAUGGCUCUUUUGUCAGAUGGAAGCUGAUCAGAAGGAAUCAUUAACCAGGGUUGCUCUUGAUCCUCGACGUCUUCUAAAUUUUAUGAUUUCUCCCUCACACGAGCCUUCUAGUCUCAUGCCUGAACUUGAAACUGUCCGUGAACUCAUCUCUCUUGAGCCUAAUAAUAAGUGGGCUCUCUUAACACUCGUCAGUCUUUUGCGUUACAUACGUCCAAAUUGUAGUGAGGAGAUUGAGUCGGCUGUCAAAACUCUUCAGAAUGUUGAUAGUCAUCGAAAGCGCUAUUAUGCUGACAUGUCCAGCGCUCAUGCCACCGAAGAUGCACUAGUCGCUUCAUAUGCUGUAAAUUCUCGCUCAAUCAACCUCUCAGAAGUCGGUCUUACCCGUGUCUGUUGUUUGGACUGGUGUACUCUCAUGACAGAGUUAAAUUUUUCUAAAAAUAAUUUGGAUAUGCUUCCAGGCACAUGUGGAUAUUUGCUAUGCCUGAAAGAGUUAAAUUUAGAUGAUAAUUAUAUAUCUACACUGAAGCCAAUCGCUGGUCUGCCUCAACUCAAGCGACUAUCAGUUUGUCGUAAUCGUAUUGCUCAUUUUGAGGGUCUUGAACCCAUUCUCUCCUGUCCUAGUCUUCGUUAUUUGGAUAUUACGGGGAAUAAGGUCACAGAAUUGCCGAAUUUCACAGUUCUUCUGGCUGAGCAUCCACUCUCAAAGGGAAGCCACAAUUCAUUAAAUGUGGUUUAUAACAAGCUAGUCGGGCCCUAA